AUGGGGAGAAAAGAGCACAUCGAAAGAAGUGUCCAGAAAGAAGUCAUGACAAAGGUCAAAAGCGAGAGCGACUGGACCUAUGACAUGUUCACAAAGCAGGGACAAGUAAUCACGAAGCUUGUGGAGAAGAACGAGGAGCUUGGCAUCGAGAUCGAGACGCAUGCCAGGAAGAUUCGGAAGCUCGAAGGCCGCUACGAUGAAGUCAACGCCAAAUUGAUCCACCACCAGGCACACCAUAACGAGAAUAUCAACGGCUUCAAGUCGCUCGCCUGGCAGCUUUCUGCGACUCAGAGGAGUCAAUAUGAAUGGCUCUCGAAACUCAAUGAACAGGGCGACCAAAGCAAUACUCAGCUAAUGCUACAAGCCGAUCGGAUAUUUGAGCUUCAGGAACAGAGCAGCAAAGCCAUUCUCAAGUGUUCAGCCCACACGGAUGAGAUUGCCCAACUCGAACGGCACUUCAACGCCAAACUGGCGCUGCACGCCGAAGAACUGCUGGAGCUCAAGAAGCCAAACGGUCAGCUUUUUGAAGCACUGAAGGUCCACAGCGACGAAAACAAUAAGCUCAAACAUCGAGGCGAAGAUUUCACCAUCCAGUGUCCCCACUCUGUCAGUGAUGCCGAAAGCAUGACCACGCCCAAGUCCCCACCCAAAGAUAUCAAUAAGACAAUCUUCCGUGACUUCAUGGCAAUGUAG